UCUUCCAGGUCCCGGGCCCGCCUACCUUCUCCCCGACCCGGUAGUCAACUACAGACCACGUUGGGAGCUGUGCAGACGUCGUAGAUUAUACCAGCUUCCGGGACUUGUCCAGAUAGCUGCGACUCUACGCAAGACACCUACGGCCACGAGAGACUACUGUUAAUUCAGUUUAAAAUGGGUUUAAAGAAGAAGAGAGAAAUGCAAGUUGCUGCAUUGACUGUUCAUCAUCAGGACCUUGAAACUUUGAGAUCUUUUGCUGAUGUGGAAGGGAAGAAUCUAGCUUCUUUGUUGUUACAUUGUGUACAACUCAAGGAUGGAGUGUCGCAAAUUCAUUAUGUUAAACAGAUUGUGCCUUUACUGGAGAAGGCAGAUACAAAUGGUGUGUGUGAUCCAGCUAUUCAGAGCUGUUUGGAUAUUUUAGCAGGCAUUUAUUAUUCUUUGAGUCUGAAGAAUCCCUUGAAGAAAGUAUUGGCAAGUUCACUGAAUGGCUUACCUGAAUUUUUUCAAACUGAGGCUAUACACAGUUUUACUUCUCAUCUUGAAGAAGAAUUGAACACUACUGAUCUGUACUCUUAUAGGAAAGUAGUCGACAAUAUAUCUUCCUGCAUGGAGAAUUUUAACUUGGGCAGAGCAAGUGUUAAUAAUCUGCUUAAAAAUGUGCUUCAUUUUCUGCAGAAGAGUUUAACUGAAAUCUUGGAAGAAAAUAGAAAAUUUGCUGGAAAUCAUAUUGUUCAAACACAGUUGAUGAAUGACUUGUUGGUAGGCAUUAGAGUUUCGAUGACAUUAGUACAGAAAGUGCAAGAUUUCCAGGAAAAUCUUUGGAAAGCUUCCAGUUCACCCAUAUGGCAGAGUAUGUGUGGCUUGCUGGGUAUUUUCACCGAGUUUUUAAGUGAUGGUGACCUAUUACAGACAAUUCAGAGUACAUCCGGAUUAGCUGUUAUUCUUUUUGUUAAGACUAUGUUUCAGCCAUCUGAAAAUAUUCCUGAGUUGAUUAGCAGUUUACUUCUCCAUUCAGUGGACUGCACCAGGGUCCCUGAGUGGUUAAUGAGCAGCUGCAGGAGCCUUUGUUGUGCUGACCUCCCUGGGUCAGCUCUCUUAUUCCUGUGUCAGGGGACACUUGCGAUGUUGGACUGGCAGAAUGGUGGCAUGGGCCCGAGUGGGGAGGCCCUGCUCUUGGAUACUGUGCAUGUUUUGUUCACCUUGAGUUCACAGAUUAAGGAAUCAACACUGGAAAUGUUUCUGUCUAGAAUCUUGGCAUCAUGGACGAAUUCAGCCAUACAUAUCCUUGAAUCAAGUUCCCCAAGCCUGAAGGACAGUCUGAAUGGGAAUUCAAGCAUAGUCGGGAGACUUUUGGAAUAUGUCUAUACCCACUGGGAACAUCCGUUGGAUGCUCUUAGACACCAAACCAAAAUCAUAUUCAGAAAUCUUCUCCAAAUACACCGGCUCACUAUGCAAGGGGCACAUUUGGUCACUGAUCCUUUCUUUUUGGGAUUGACUAAAAGUCUUCUGCGAUUGGAAUGGCAUAUUAAAGGAAAGUACGCAUGCCUUGGCUGUUUGGUAGAAUGCAUAGGAAUUGAACAUAUUUUGGCAAUAGAUAAUACUAUUCCAUCUCAAAUCUUAGAGGUGAUGGGGGACCAGUCGUUAGUACCUUAUGCAAGUGACCUCUUAGAAACCAUGUUUAAAAACCAUAAGAAUCAUUUGAAAGCCCAGACUGCUGACAUCACUUGGAUUGACCAGUGGCAUGAGACUUGGGUUUCUCCUCUCCUUCAUAUACUGUGUGAAGGAAACUUGGAUCAAAAAUCUUAUGUGAUUGAUUAUUACUUGCCAAAAUUAUUGAAUUACAGCCCUGAAAGCUUAAGGUACAUGGUAAAGAUUCUUCAGACUUCUAUUGAUGCUAAAACUGGGUCCUGUGGCAGCAGAGGGGCUCUGGGAGCUUUGAUGGCUUGUCUGCGAACAGCCAGAGCUCAUGGACAUCUUCAGUCUGCAACCGAUACCUGGGAGAACCUUGUGUCCAGUGCAAGGAUAAAGCAAGGGUUAAUUCAUCAGCAUUGCCAAGUACGGAUAGAUACAUUAGGCUUGCUUUGUGAAAGCAGUCGAAGCACAGAAAUUGUUUCUGCAGAAGAAAUGCAGUGGAUUCAGUUCUUCAUCAUGUACAAUCUUAAUAGCCAGUCUCCAGGAGUACGGCAGCAGAUCUGUUCUCUUCUCAAAAAGUUGUUUUGUAGAAUACAAGAAAGUUCUCAGGUACUUUAUAAAGUGGAGCACGGUAAAUCCAAACAUGAACCAGAGAAUGGGUUAACCAAAGAGCAGCCUUCUGUUUCUUUACAGCAAUAUAAGAAUUUCAUGUCAUCCACUUGCAACAGUCUUUUUGAAGCACUGUUUCCUGGAUCUUCCUACUCGACUAGAUUUUCUGCUUUAACCAUUUUAGGCUCAAUAGCUGAAGUUUUUCCUGUAUUAGAAGGUAGAGUCCAAGUGGUGUAUCAGCUGAGUCAUGAUAUCGAUGCUGAUCGUUUCCAAACACUGAUAGAAUGUUUUACCAGCACUUUUGAAGAAGUGAAAACUUUAGCAUUUGAUCUUCUCAUGAAGUUAUCAGUAACAGCUGUACAAUUUCAGGAUGCUGAGAAACUACAAGGCUUAUUCGAGGCAGCUCUGGAGCUCAGCACAAGCACAAAACCAUAUGACUGUGUAACAGCUUCCUACCUGCUGAACUUCUUGAUCUGGCAAGACGUUGUGCCAUCAUCCCUGCAUGCUGCAUGCAGUGCUGGAGAUAAACCUGCUGCUGUGGUGGAAAGAAACACAUUAAUGGUUAUCAAGUGCUUGAUAGAAAAUCUUGAGGAAGAUGUGUCUCAGGCUGAAAACUCUCUGCUUCAGGCAGCAGCAUCCUUCCCAAUGUAUGGGCGUGUACACUGUGUAACAAGAGCUCUGCAGAAGUUACCACUAGACAGCCUGCAGCUGUUGAGUGAGUGGACACCUGUGGUGGAGAAGCUCCUGUUGCUGUCCUACAGGAUUUCGGCUGUGGUGGCUCCGGUCAUUCAGAGCUCCUCCCCCGAGGGCCUCAUCCCCAUGGACACAGAUUCAGAGUCAGCAAGCCGCUUACAAGUGAUUCUCAAUGAGAUUCAGCCACGAGAUACUAAUGAUUAUUUCAACCAAGCCAAAAUACUGAGAGAAUGUGAUAACUUUGAUUUGGAGGACUUGAAUGCCAGUGUGUCAAAUAUUGAUACUUCUGUAGAUAUCAAAGGUAAAGAAGGAAAAACAUAUGAUGUAACUGCUCAGAUGGUGCUAGUAUGUUGUUGGAGAAGCAUGAAGGAAGUUGCUUUACUUUUGGGCACCCUGUGCCAGCUUCUACCCAUGCAGCCUAUGCCAGAAUCAUCUGAUGGAUUAUUGACAGUGGAGCAGGUGAAAGAAAUAGGAGAUUACUUUAAGCAACACCUUUUACAGUCCAGGCACAGAGGAGCAUUUGAACUGGCUUAUACGGGUUUUGUGAAACUCACUGAAAUACUAAACAGGUGCCCUAAUGUGAAUCUGCAAAGGCUGCCAGAACAGUGGUUAUGGAAUGUUUUGGAGGAAGUUAAAUGCAGUGAUCCUUCAUCCAAACUCUGUGCUACAAGGCGCAGUGCUGGGAUCCCUUUCUACAUACAGGCUUUGUUGGCAUCUGAACCAAAGAAAGGCAAAAUGGAUUUGUUGAAAAUAACAAUGAAAGAGUUAAUCCUUUUGGCUGGGCCUACAGAUAACUCACAGAGCACAGUCCCCCAGGUCCACGCUCUAAACAUCCUCCGAGCAUUGUUUAGAGACACGCGUCUGGGAGAAAAUGUCAUUCCUUUCGUUGCUGAUGGAGCCAAGGCUGCAAUUCUGGGCUUUACCUCACCAGUCUGGGCAGUGCGAAAUUCAUCCACACUUCUCUUUAGUUCCUUGAUCACAAGAAUAUUUGGAGUUAAACAGGGAAAGGAUGACCAUUCCAAAACAAAUAGAAUGACAGGCAGAGAGUUUUUCUCUCGAUUCCCGGAACUCUAUCCCUUUCUUCUCAAACAGUUGGAAGCUGUAGCUGAUACAGUGGACAGUGAUAUGGGAGAACCAGAUCGUCAUCCAAGCAUGUUCCUCUUGCUUUUGGUAUUGGAGAAACUCUACCCUUCCCCAAUGGACGGCACUUCUUCUGCUCUCAGCAUGGCACCUUUUGUCCCCUUCAUUAUGAGGUGCGGUCGCUCACCUGUCUACCGCUCCCGGGAAAUGGCAGCUCGUGCCUUGGUCCCACUUGUUAUGAUAGACCAGGUUCCCAGUACUAUCCGAACCCUGUUGACCACACUCCCCAACUGCACUGACCAGUGUUUCCGGCAAAACCAUAUUCACGGGACCCUUCUCCAGGUUUUUCAUUUGUUACAAGCCUACGCAGACUCCAAACACAGGAUGGACUCAGACUUUCAGCAGGAGCUGACUGACAUCACUGUCUGUACAAAAGCCAAACUCUGGCUGGCCAAGAGGCAAAAUCCAUGUUUGGUGACCAGAGCUGUAUAUAUUGAUAUUCUCUUCCUGUUGACUUACUGCCUCAACAAACCCACAAAGGGCAACCAGCCAGUUCUGGAGAGACUUGGCUUCUGGGAGGAAGUCAGAGGGAUUGUCUCAGGAUCAGAGCUGAUAACAGGACUCCCCUGUACCUUUAAGGUGCCAGGCCUGCCCCAGUACCUCCAGAGCCUCACCAAACUAGCCAUCGCUGCAGUGUGGGCAGUGCUAGCCAGAGCCAGAGAACAGACAAGGGCUGUGCCCAUCACCUUCUCACAGCUGCUGGCCUCUUCCUUUCCUGAAGUGCGUUUGCUCACCCUAGAAGCCCUGUUGGAAAGGUUCUCAGCAGGAGCCUCUCAAUUGGGAGAGGAGGGACUCUCAUCUUCACUGUACAGUAUGGGAGAAGACUUCCUGCUCUUGGCCAUGAAGGAAAGCCACCCAGAGUGUCUCUGCAAGAUACUGAGGAUUCUCCAUUGCAUGGACCCCAGUGAAUGGCUUCCCCUCACGGACCGCUGUAUCCAUCUAACCCCCAAGGAGUUUUUGAUCUGGACCAUGGAUAUUGCUUCCAAUGACAGAUCUGAAAUCCAGGGCGUGGCUCUGAGACUUACCUCCAAAGUGAUUGCCUACCACAUGAAAACACUUGAAAAGAACAGAGACUUGCUAGCUCCCCUGCUGAAGCAGUGGGUGCAGUUGGUCAUCUUGUCCUGCGGAGACCAUCUUCCCACAGAGUCUAGGCUGGCUGCUGCUGAGGUCCUCACCAGCGUCACACCACUGGUCCUCACCAACCCCUAUCCAGUUCUUGACUUACAGGACACACUUGCUCUCUGGAGAUGUGUCCUCAUCCUCCUACAGAGUGAAGAGCAAGCCGUACGAGAUGCAGCCACGGAAACCGUGACAACUGCCCUGUCACAGGAAAACACUUGCCAGACAACAGACUUGGAGACACAUCCCCACCUCUGGACAGAGUGGUCUCUGAGGAAAGCUGGUCUGCUCCGUGCCUACUGCCUGCUCUCUGCCUGGAGGGCUGGUAGGGAAGGGUGAAGAUGAAGUCACCUCUAGAAAAAGGGAGACACAGUGUGUGAGCUCCUUAGCAUCUGCCCCUUGUGGACUCCCAGCCUCUUGGUCCGGACAGCACUGAGAGUUUUGUCCAUCUACCUGCUAGACUGCUCCCUGGACGAUACUUGAAGGAAGGGGCUGUUCAUAGGUGUGCAAGAUCAUGGUAGGGCUCAGGCAGGGUUUCUCACCUGUGGCCCUGCUGACACUAGCACUGAGGGCCAUCCUGUUCAUCGCCGGACGUUGAGCAGCAUCCUUAGCCUCUGCCUACAUACGCCAAUAGCACAACCUCCUCCUCUUUGUGGCAAAAAAUGUCUCCAGUUAUUGACAGAAGUUCCCUGGGGAGCAACAUCAUCUCUGCUGUAGGGCCACUACCCACCCCCUCAGUGUCCCUUGCUCAGGAGGUGACUCCAGUUGAAAGCCUGGUGCCAAAGAAAGCUAGGAAUACUGGCACAGAGGUCAGCAUCCUGAGGUGCUGAGCAGGGUGCAGAGGGCAGAGAACAGUCUGAGGCAAAGGGAAAACACAGUAGUCAUCCAUCCAUCCACCCACCCAGAACUUAGCAAAGUGAUCGAGAAGAUAGACUCUGGAGGCGGACCAACCUCACUUUGUAUCUGGCCCUGCCAGUUACAGUCACCUGUACGAUCCUGCAUGAGUUACUUCUCUAAACUUUAACAACCCUGAAUGUGAAAUGAUUCUCUGAAAUGUGAUCUGAUUCUCGCCAUCUAGAUGUUUUCCCAUUAGAGAAACACUUGACACAAGUGAACUGCUCCAUACCGUUCUGUAGUAAGCAGCUGGUAUCUUCUGGGGACCCUUGCUACUGCCAUGGACAAUCCUGGGAAAGGACAGCCAUGGGGUCUGGCCACAGAGUGACCUCCUUCACCAUCCUCAAACCCCUGGAGCACUGUGCAGAGAAGGCCGAGAAAGAUCAGCAAGGCCUGGAGAAAUCCCAGCCAUGGCCCUGAGCCAGAUGCUGAGGGACAGAUAGGCCUAAGUUAAGAGGAGGAAGAAAGGACUGGGAUGUAGUUGAUUGGCAGAGCACUUGCCUCAUAUACACAAGGACCUGGGUUCAAUCCCAGUGCCCACCCCCAAAAAGGAGGAAAAAGCUAUACCAGAUGGGAAGGGGCUGAGUAAACCAGAGCCAGGAGAGCUGGAGGGAGAUGGUGGAGGGCCUCAGGGUCAGGGUACAGAGCUGGUGCACGGCCUGUUGCCCUCCUUAGUACUCAGUGUCUGAAGGGCCAGGCAAAGGAGCACACCUGUGAAUGGUGAGGUGGCCCUGGCCCCAGGGUGUCCCAGACUGGAUGCACAUCUGCCUUCAGUGGGAGACAGCCACUGCUCUGCCCCAGUCAGACCCAGAGGCACCGGACUGCAUUUCUCUGGAUUUUCAAAAGAUGCUAUAAAUGUGGAUUUUUAUAAGAAAUUUCCUCGCCUGUUGAGGUGGCCACUCAUAAUCAACUUGGGAGGCUGAGGCAGGAGGAUCCAAAGUUCAAGAACAGCCUGGCCAACUUAG